GAGACGGUUUGACCAUGCAGUCAUGUGUUUGUUUGUGUUGCUGAAUGUCGCUUCAGGGAUCUUUCUGCUUCUGAGAGCUGAAUGUGUGCAGGCUGCAGCUGCUUCGGAUCGUGUUCCCCUGCACUGCAGACUGGGCUUCAAACCCUGUAAGGAUGGAUCGGAGUGUGUGCUGUAUAGUCUUGUGUGUGACGGUGAGAAUGACUGUCCUGACGGCUCUGAUGAAGAUGAAUGUACUGCGGUUUGCAGCAUAGGUCAGUUUCAGUGUGCUCAUGGUAAGAAGUGCAUCGAGCGCCGGCAGGUGUGUGACGGUGUGGCUCAGUGUCAGGAUCGCUCAGAUGAAGUCGACUGCUUCAAGCUGGACGAGGGCUGCGGUCAUCGCUGUGAUAAAAACCGCUGUAUCCCAGAAUCCUUUGUCUGUGAUGGAGACGCAGACUGUGCUGACGGCAGCGAUGAGGCCAGCUGUGGUGAGGAGAGCUGCAGCAGUGCUGAAUGGCGGUGCAGCAGCGGUCAGUGUGUUUCGGUCCGUAUGCGCUGUGAUGGACACCUGGACUGCAGAGAUCAUUCAGACGAGGAGGACUGCGCUGAACCUCCACCAUGCAGCACACAGCGCCGCUGUCCGGAGAGUCAGGAGUGUCUGCUGGACGAGUGGAUAUGUGACGGAGAGAUGGACUGCAGGGAUGGCACAGAUGAGAAGAAUUGUAGGGAUUCUCCAGUGCAGUGCGGUGAGUUCCAGUUGCCAUGCGCCUCUAAAACACAGUGUAUUCCGAAAGCCUGGCGCUGUGACGGCUCUGAAGACUGCAGGGAUGGAAGUGAUGAAUUUGGUUGUCCGAGUGUGUCCUGUCCUCCUCAUCUGUUCCAGUGUGGUUUUUCGGAGUGUAUGGACGUGUCUCAGCUCUGUAACGGAGUCACUAACUGUCUGGACGGUUCUGAUGAGGGAGGGACCUGUGACACAGACAGAUGCUCUGAACAGUCAAAGUGUGCACAGGACUGCCACAGCACACCUACAGGCACGCGCUGUUGGUGCAGGAUGGGCUACAAGCCUGUGGAUGAUGGUGUGGUGUGUGUUGAUGUGGAUGAGUGUGUGGACCGUCCAGAGUUGUGUUCACACUACUGUACCAACACUUUGGGCUCAUUUGAGUGCUCUUGUAGCCAUGGUUAUAUUCUGGAACCUGAUGGCCACAGUUGCAAAAUCACAGGUGAGCCGUACCUGCUGGCGUCUCUGCAGUCUGAGGUCUUCCUGUUGGGUCUGAGGAGCUCCAGCCUGGACGUCCUGCUCUCGUCAGAGAAGCAUUUUUUCCUGUCACUUGACUAUGACUGGCAGAAGCAGAGAGUGUACUGGAUCAACUUCCAUGCUGACAACAUAAAAUGGUUGUCAUUGGAUCAGAAGAGCAAAGGAACCUUUAUUAAAGGUAUCAAUGCAGACAGUCUGGCAGUGGACUGGGUGGCGAGGAACCUCUACUGGGCCGAUAGUGUCAACAGGCAGAUCAAUGCAGUGCGACUGGACCGUGAUGCCACCAGAACCACAGACCAUGUGGUGAUCCUUGGUGAAAAUCUAGGGCAGCUUCGCUCCAUCGCUCUGCUGCCACAGGAAGGAAUUAUGUUCUGGUCAGAAAUUGGGGACAAGGCUCAAAUAGAAAGAGCAGGAAUGGACGGUUCACACAGACGUGUGCUGGUCAGUCACUCUCUCCGAUGGCCGGUCAGUUUGACGGUGGACUCCAUCCAUCAGAGAAUCUACUGGUCCGAUGAGAAACUCAAGUGCAUUGGAUCAGCUGAUACUGAUGGAGGAGAUAUUCAGCUCUUGCAGAUGAUGGAGACCCCCAGUCCAUUCUCAGUGUCUGUAUUCAAUGAAGAGGUCUACUGGUCUGAUACCAAAAGAAGCACCAUCCAGAGAGCUCACAAAAUCACAGGCAAACAGCACAAAGUCCUGCUCAAACGUCCCGGAGAGCCGUUCAGUUUGAAGGUUAUUCAUGCACUUGUCCAAGUGGGCGUCUCUAACCCGUGUGCUUCUCAGCACUGCUCUCACCUGUGUGUUUUAUCCCGGGGGUUGAAGGCUGUGUGCAAGUGUCCUUCUCAGUUGCUGCUCGAUGAAGAUGGACUGACCUGCUCCAAAUUUAAAGACGCGUCCUUCCUGCUGUUUCUUUCUCCAACUGCAGUCACACAGAUUUAUUUACAGAACAGACACACCGACAAGGACCUAAAGAACUGGCCUGAACAUCAGCGUUUUGACCUUCCCAGCAUGAACAAGUCAACCAUGUUAGAUUUAGUGCUGCAUGACCUCACCCUCUACGUGUCCAAUGGUGGGCAGCCCGUCAUGGGGCUCUUCGAGAUGAAGGACACUACGCUGGUGCCUCGUGGGAAACUGCUCCAGCUACAUAAGGACUCGCUGCGCACGUUCUCAGUGGACUGGAUCACCUUGAACGUUUACUGGAGCAGCGAGAAGCUGCCCGGCCUGCAGGUCACCUCACCGGAUGGUGCACACACCAGUGUGUUGAUACAGGACGGUGUCGGAGCUAUUGAAUCCAUUGCUUUAGACCCGCCCAGCGGACGCCUCUGCUUCUCAAACAAAGUCCAGGAAGGUCAUGUGACUCAGUUGGAGUGUGCCUAUAUGAAUGGACAGAACAGGACAGUGGUGUGGAGUAAUUCAGUCCGGCCAACUUCACUGAUCUUGACAGAUGAAGGGAAUAAACUGUACUGGGCUGACACUGGUCUUGCAGUAAUUGGAUCAGUUGCCAUAGAGGGUUCUGGAUACAAGGAAAUAAAGACAGAGGAAGGCUUGAUGGCAUUCGCUUUGGUUAACAGAGUUCUUGUUUGGAUUACUAAAAAAGACUCCACUAAGUGUUGGUUUAGCGAUGAUGAGCAUACAGGGAAGCUGUGGUUUGAAGUGGACGCCGACAUUGUCAGUCUAAAAGCAUUCGCAAAGUCAAGACAAAAAGGCUCUAAUCUGUGCUCUAAUGGGAAUGGAGGCUGCAGUCAGCUCUGUCUUGCGUUCCCUGGAGGAGUGACGUGCCGCUGUGCCCAUGAUCACCGUCUGGUCAACGGCACAGACUGCAGUCUGGACCCCCGCUGCCCUGGAGACACCAAACCUUGCCUGAGUGGAAACAUCUGUCUACCUCUGGAGAAGUUCUGCAACGGCGUCGCCGACUGUCCAGAUCAUUCUGAUGAGAACUGUAUUCUAGAUACACAAAAUAAAAAUGUCCGGCUCGAUCCUAAAGCGUUUCGUCCAGGUUUGAGAGAUAAUGUCAAACCAGAGGACAUGGCGUCUGAUGCAUGUGGUGUUAUGCUGUGUAACAGCAACGGUAAAUGCUCGACCCGGAACGGGGUGAUGGAGUGUGUCUGUGAGGCGGGAUACAGUGGAGAGAGCUGUCAGGAGCGUUCGAGCGGGGGGACACAGGGACCGCUUCUGUACGGAAUAGUUGGACUGUGUGCCGCUGUGGUUGUCCUGGGGGUCAUCGUCGGCAUCAUUCAGAGGAAAAAAGCCACAAACCGGAGGCAAGCAGCACAGACUGUGGAUGUGCAGGAAACAGUCAUGAAGGAACUACAGAGAAGACAAGAGUCCUCUUCAGCUAAAUCUAAUGGAAGAGACACUGAAUUCUCAGAGGAAGAUGUGGCAACGUCUAUGGAUUAGCUUCAACAUCGCGGCUGUAGCGUCUUGGUUUCUUUGCACAAACUUGACUUUACAAAAUGCAACAACUUUAUUUCAAUUACCUUCUGUACCCUCUGUAGACAAACUGUUUCAUAACUAUCUUUCUGUUCAAUUAGUCUAAAGGCAAAAUAAUAUGAAACUUCCCAACUUGAUGAUAUCUUAGUUUAUCACAUAAGUACUCCAGAAAUUGAUUUGGCCAAAGCACCACAUUGUAAACCUGUCAAAAUGAAGGAUUAAAGUCAAGUUUUAAGAAACCUGUUGUGAAAUUAUGCUCUGGACCACAAAAAAUUUGGGAAGAAAACUUUGGCCGCAUUGACCAUAUGACAUCAAUAAUGCAACAAAGAGGUUUAAUGCAUCUAUUUUCGCAAAUUUUUUUUUUUUUCUCACAUAUUUGUCCAAGCAUCAC